AUGGGUCAACCGCUCGAGUAUCCAGGUAUCGUCAACAUUGUCACUCUCGUCGUCUUCUUCUUCUACCUCGUAAUCUCGCUCUACCUGAUUCUACGCCAAGGUCUGGGGCGGAGCUGGCCAUGGAUCUGGCUUACGACGUUGUGUGUUUGCCGGCUUGUGCAGGUGUCUAUGGAUUUGGCGACCACGCAACUCACUCCCAUCGAACAAGUUCCUAAUACUUCCGUUUCAUCCGGUGUCGCUAUCCUCACGUCCAUGGGUCUCACGCCACUGUUUAUGUCGACAAGCAGUCUACUCAACACAACAACCAAACCGAAAGGACGGCGAAUGCAAUGGAUCCUGCUAUUCGUUCAUGUUCCUCUAGUCAUUUCCUUCAUUCUCAUCGUCGCUGGCGGCAUUGAUCCUGACUCCCGCGAUGGGCCAACCUACGCAGCAACCGAAGCAACCAAAGCGGGCAUCAGUCUUUACAUUGUCUGUUUCUUAAUCCUCAUCUGGGCGACCGCCGUCAUAUCUGCCCGUCUGUAUCUCGCAGAUCCCCAAGAAGUCAAGAUCUUGACUACCGUUGUGCUCAGUCUGCCAUUCUUCGUCGUCGACAUUGUUUACAUGACAUGCUUCGCAUUCGAGAGCUGGGUCGACAAAACCUCCGAUAUGAGAUUCAACGUCAUUUCCGGCAACGUCACGAUUCAAUUGUGCAUGCAAGUCAUCAUGGAGUACAUUGUCGUCGGCCUCUACCUGUUUCUUGGACUAGAGCUUCCCAGCAAAGCCGCUCGACUCAGAGAGCAAAUCGAGGAAGUCAAGGAGAUGAGCGCAGACCAGAUUCAGGAGACAAUUCUUUGGAAACUCCACGAGGCUGUCUCACGUGUCGUGGCAGCGAUGAUCAUGCCUGCCCUGCAGUUUUCGCAUUGGAUGCUCGGAAAGAUCUUACGUUCUGGACAGGCAACGUGA